CGUACAUGGCGCACGAGGUAGAAAGAAUUGAGAAACCAACGAGAAAUAUUUGUUUGAAAGUAUUUAUAUAUGUAAAUCUUGCUCUUUCUCAUAAAUAUCUUUUAAUAAUUAAUGUUGCGUUUAUUUCUUCAACGUAACACAUAUAUCGGAACGUAUUAUCAAUGGAUCCUUCGAUAAAUAUAUUUAAGGUUACAAAGUUGUAUUAAAUAUGAAAAGGAAAAGUAUUCUUUAGUUUUAUUAUAUACGAGACGCAGUAACAACAAUUACGUCGGGAUUUUAUGCGAUGGGAACAGGCAAUAUUAAUAAUAUGCCGAAUGUGAUAUUAAAAUUUUCCUUUUCGGCACCAUUACGUGCUUGCACGACGAAGAAACAGCGUCAGAAGUUUCUUAAUAGACAUUUCACCGACGACGUAAAGUAUACCGUGAAAAAAGAGAAAAUCAUUCAUCCCUAUCGCAAGUUGCACCCAUGGAAAUCUCAUGAGAGCUUCUCCCAAUACUUGUUAAAUAAUGUUAUAUACAACAAAGACGGAUUGGUUGCGAUAAAUAAACCAUACGGCAUAUCAGCCAGAAAGCCAAUGCUUUUAAAUAAUAAUAAUAAUAAUAAUAAUAAUAAUAAUAAUAAUAAUUUCAAUGUUUAUUCCAUAGUGCCAAAUGGCGUGGAUUAUACCUUAGAAGAUAGUAUGCCAUUUUUAGCAGAGAAAUUAGGAUAUGCCGAACUUAUUAUAGUUAAAACGCCAGAAAAAUUUAUGAGCGGCGUAACGCUAUUAGCUGCGAACAAAACGUUGCAAGAUGCUAUAAAUUCUUCUUAUCAGAGUUCGAUAGGAAUGAAAAUUCUUAAUAAAACGUAUUGGACUGUCACUUCAAGAGUACCAAGUCAAAUAAAAGGAACGGAACAUUUGUGUAUGUCGAAGCUGUUUAAUCGAUCAGAAUCUGAAAAGAGGGUAGUAAUUGAAGAGAAAUGGAGUAAGAAAGCGGAAAAGCGGCGAGAAAUAAAAGUGUUAAAUAUCGAAUUUAAUAUCAUCUCAAAUUCAACGAACAACCUAAGUUCUUUAAUAGAGAUGAAAGCGUCAACCAUAAAAUGGCAUGCUUUACGUUUGUUCGCUUCAACCAGAUUGUAUACUCCAAUUCUGGGAGAUAAUAUUUAUGGAUCUAGAAUACAGAAUAUCGCAGGCAAAUGGUUAUUAGUAAGUCCAUUUGCAAAGACAAAUAAUAAUUUAGCAGAAGUGAAUCCUAAACUGUUGGAAAUAUUAUAUUUAACUAAAGCUAAACGGGAACUAAUACCUUGCCACGUUCAUGCUCGAAGCGUAAUUUUACCAAAAUUCAAGGGCGAAUCUUUGACGAUAGAAGCACCGCUAAUAUCGCCAUUCGACUGGACUUGCAGGCAGUUGAAAUUUAAAAAUAUACCCGAGUUACAGGAAAUCAACGAAUAGAGAAAGUCUUUAGGCUCGGCGAACAGCCAUAUACAUGUACAUAUACAUGUACAUAUACAAGUACAUAUACAUGUACAUAUACAUGUACAUAUACAAGUACAUAUACAUGUACAUAUACAAGUACAUAUACAUAUACAUAUACACACACACACACACAUAUAUAUAUAUAUGUAUAUAUGUGGCGCUGGAAUAUUUUCAUCGCAUGUAAAUCCCAUUUGUGGGACACAGGAAUGAUAAGAAAUAAAAAUUAUUUCAACAUA